AUGAAAUCAGAAACUAAGGAUGGAGAAGAGGAAAGCCUGCAGACAGCAUUCAAAAAGCUAAGAGUUGACACAGCUGGAUCUACUGGUUCUCUCUCUGUGGGUGAAGGGACAAGUUCAAGAGCACUAAUUAGAACAGUAGCAGAUGAAACUAAACCUAAGAAUGUGUGUUCUUCCAAGGAAACCUGGCAUGGGUCUGUGAAGAAGCCUUUACGAGGAGUUGUGAGAACCCAGCGUCGCAGGCGUUCCAAGUCUCCAAUUCUUCAUCCUCCCAAGUUUAUCCAUUGCAGCACAAAAUCACAUUCCACCUGCAACCAGCUAGGACACAAGAGCCAGACUGAUGCCCCGAGUGACAGCAGUGGGUUUGGGGUGGCAGUCCCAGCAGAAGCCUGUGCACACGAACAAUGCAGUGUUGCUCCUGACGUUGACCCAAAGAGAGCUGAUGUUGAGUCUUUGACAGCUUCUGUUCCACAGUCAGUUACACAGAACUCUCCAGCUGCUGUUUCCCUAGUGUCCAAGGCAAGCCUAAAGACCUCAGAGCUUGCUGACUUCCAGUCCAUGUCCAAGCUGAACACCAACAAGCCAUGUACAUGUGCAGAUAAAGCCUGUCAGUGUAAACGGUGGCAAGAUAUGGAAGUAUACAAAUUCUCUGGCUUGCAGAACACCCUCCCAGUGGCACCUGAUAGAAGAACAGUUUCUGAGGAUCACACCCAGUCUUUGCCAUCAAGAACUCCUGCAAGUUCCCCACGUUCUUGCUCUGAGCAAGCCAGGGCCUUUGUGGAUGAUGUGACUAUUGAAGAUCUUUCGGGAUACAUGGAAUAUUACUUGUAUAUUCCAAAGAAAAUGUCUCACAUGGCAGAAAUGAUGUACACUUGACAGCAAAGAGCACUAAGACCAGAAGGGUGGGUGGUUUAAAUCUGCCCUCUGUCACACUCAUGUGAGAUGCAACCCACUCCCUGCUCACUGUGCUUGCAAUAAAAACACUUCUUAGC